CUGCCUGCCUCUCUACUUACUUGGCUACCAAGCUCCUUACCUACCGGCCUACCUACCUACCCAUCCAUCCAUCCAUCCAUCCAUCCGGAUCCGUCAAGGCGAUGCGCACGCUGUCGAGAUUCCAUGCCCUGGCCGGCCUGGCCGUGUGCUGCAUGCUCUACGUGGGCUGGAUCGUGCCGUCGCUGCACGUGCGGACGCGCGUGGCCAAAGCCCUCGACGGCACGAAGCGGCGCGUCGUCGUGUUUGGCGACUCGUGGUCCGACACGGGCGAGUACCGGGUAGCGGUGCCAGCGACGGGGCGCGGCCAGCAGAACGCGAGCCGGCCGCUGUGGACCGAGGCGCUGUGCUCCGAGCUGGUAUGCGACUACAUCGACAACUUUGCGCGGUCGUCGCACGACGCGGUGCUGGACGUCGAUGUCUUUGCGAAUGCGACGGGGGCGGGGAGGCCCGACGAUGGGCGCUUCGUGGCCGACUUGAAGGCGCAGGUGCAGCAGUGGCUGGCGUUUGAAAAGCAGAAGGCCGGCAUGCCGGGCCGUGGCGGCGGUGCCUCUGGCGAACGCACCCUCUUCACCCUCUUCUUCGGCAUCAACGACAUGUGGGCGUACGCGGGUCUGGAGCAGAUGACGGCGCGCGCGGCGGUGCGGGCCAGCAUGGAGACGCUGGUUGCGCAGCUGGACGUGCUGGCCGAGAAUACUUCCCCCAUGAAGGUGGUGCUGGUCAAGGUGCCCGACAUCACGUUUCUGCCCGGCUUCGACAGCAGUAGGUCGGACCAGCGCGCCUGCGUGUGGCUGGCAGAGGAGUGGAAUGCUGCGCUGGUGCAGGCGGCGGCCGCGUGGAAGGGCGGCGCUGUGCACCUGCUCGAACUUGACGAGUGGCUGCUGGACCGCAUCCGCGAGCAGCAGACGCACCAGCUGGGAAUCACGGCUGAAUCCGGCGUGUUUGCUCAGGUGCGCCAGCCGUGUGUCAACGCAAGCUCGCCCACCUGCAGCGACGAGCCAAGCCACCUCUUCUGGGACCCCAUGCAUCUUUCCGGCCGCGCUCAUGCCUUGGUGGGCGCCGAAGCCGCGGCCCUCGUCGCCCGCAACGACACGCUCAACCACGCCGCAUUCCUCGCCUGAAGACAAUUCCCGCGUUUGUCUGCAUUGUCUCAAAAGAGCUUUCUUUGUGCCCGCGUCCUUGCAUGCGAGGAAUGGGCCUGAAGGAAUUUGGCC